AGUAAGCAGACCGUAACGUUCAGAUAAAAUCGUGUGGUUGUAAAAAAAAAGUUGUAAAUUUAAAUUAUAUCCUGAAACAUAAAGGAACUACUCAUAUGGAUAAGAAAGAUGAUGAUAAUCCGCUCGUCAAAACAAACACGGAUGAAGAUAACGCCUUACAAUCAAGUAAUGUACAAAUUGAAAUGUCGUCAAAUGUGAAUUGUGGAAAUAAGGACAAAGAUAAGAAAGUGCCAAAUUCAACUUCGCAAAAUGAUGAGGAAAUGUUUUUACUGCAGUCAUCGUCUGGCAGUGGAUCGGAAAACAGAGGCAUAGAGAAUUCAGUAGGCACACCUAACAGCGAAAGUAUAUUGUUUCCUAUUUCACCUGUUCCAUCAACGUCGUCGUCUGAUUCAGUUUGUAGAAUAUGUCAACUGGCUGGUAAAGAAACGGGAGAGGAAAUAAAAACUACAGAAUGUUUUUGCCGAGGGAAUAUGAGUUCAGUCCACCAGAGUUGUCUGAGACAGUGGGUAUACUAUAAAGGCUCCAACAAAUGUGAGAUUUGUCAUGGAAGGUUUAGUUCUAUAUCUCCUCCCACCACACCAGGAAUUCUACAGAGAGAGGCAUUACAAAAUCUGACAUGGCAGAUAGAGAGAAGCCGUCCAUUUAACAGACGAAAACGUGCGAUAAUGACAGCUGUCAUCGUAUUCCUUGUUAUAGUGACAUGUGUUACCGCUAUGUUGACGGUCAGUGCUGAUAGAGAAUUUGAAAGACUCUCUUCCAAUCCAUGGGUGACGCAAGAUCAAGUUAACAAUUCCAACAUAAUAUUUUCCAUCUGUAUUGCAUUUUCAUUUUUCUGUGCCACUAUGACAAUUGGACUUAUAAUAAUCUGGUUUGGAAUGGAGUGUUGUUUCAUCAUGCACAGACGUGGAAUUCUUAGGAGGGCAACGUCAGCACUUCUGCGCAAUGAUUCAGUUUGAAAAGACAAAUAUACUAUUGUCUUAAAUAAAUUGAUUCAAAUGAGGAA